AUGAUUUCUACUACUUUAAUAGUUGCAGCAAGCAAAUAUGAAUGGGAUUCUGAAAGACAGGCUGCUGCAAGAUUUUUAACUGAAAAAAUUUUUGGAGCUGUUUUGAAUUAUAACAUUACAGAGGCAUUAUAUCUUGCAAAUAAUGCUAAUAUCAGUAAAUUUAAGACAAAAAAACAAGGAAAAUACAACAAAAAAUUUUUGAAAAAUAAAUGGGAUGGAAUUUCAAAAAAAAAAUAUACAAAUGGAGAUAGCUAUGAAAGAAAAAAUUUAGAAAAAAAACAAAAUAAGCAUAUAAAUACAGUAUUUAAUCAUGUUAAAUACACUAACGAAAACAAAAUAAAGAGAUUUGGAAAUUUUAAAUCCCCCUCCUUCCUAGAUAAUACCCCAAUCCUUAAGAAAGAAAAAAUUAUUUCAGAUAGAUUUAUCAUAAAUCCUAUUUCUAAUAAAAAACAAAAAAUGAUUAAAGUUGAAGGUGAGUACAAUAAAUAUUUCUAUUAA